UUUUUCAGUGACUUAGUACUUGAUAAGAAUCCUUCGGAGUAUGUUAGGUUCGACGCGGAAAAAUGCGCUAUUGUUCGUUGCUAUUCUUCUGCUGCUAGAGCAUGAUGGAGUAAGAGGUGAGGAUCAGUGCGAUCCGGACACCACUGGAGGAAAGGAAGUGGAGACCUAUCGGAGUGGUCUCGAGCGACUCAUCCAGGGCUUGGGAGGGAUUUUCAAAGAUGUCUCGGGUGGUGAUGAGGACGGCAGCUCCGACCCCUUAGUCGACACGUUCAGCUCGGUUCUGGAUAGAUUUAAAAUACAGGUUCACGCCAUUUUUCCAGGGACCCUUUGGUGCGGAGCUGGUGACAUCGCACCCAACUCCAGUUUCUUAGGCCCUUUUGAUCACACUGACGCCUGCUGUAGGAGUCACGACGAGUGUCCAACUGAGAUCCCCAGUAGCGGGAGAUACGGACCACUGAGGAAUAAUGGAAUAUUCACCAGAUCUGCCUGUGGCUGUGACCAUGUUUUUUUUCAGUGUCUGAAAAGAGCUAAUAGUAUAGUAUCCAGCAGUAUUGGGAACACAUACUUCAACAUACUCAGGCCACAAUGCUUCACCUGCGAUUAUCCGAUCGUUAGUUGUGCCCGGAGGGACCGAAAACAAAUAUUCGAGAAGAAAUGCUUGGCAUACAAUCUCGACACGACUCAGCCGAAGCGUCUCCAAUGGUUCGACAAUCCAAAUUACUAGAAGACCUCGAAAAAUCUUUAUUAAUAGUAUAAAUUGGUGCAAUAAAUUUACAUGAAAAACCA